AUUAUUUCACUGCGAUCCGCCGACCAGAGCUGACCACCAGAGAUGACCACCUCCGCCGAUAGUGUGUUCGUUGCCCGAUCCGAUGGCAUCUCCGCCGAAGGAGUCAGGGAUCAGUAUGCCGAUGGCAAGGCCGCCAAGGUCUGGGAGAUCUUCAUCGGGGACAAGAACUCGCGCACGGACAACUACAAGAACUUCCUGAUCGACAUGCUCCGCAACAAGGGUUGCAAGCGUGUCCUUGACGUCGCCUGUGGAACUGGUGUGGACUCCCUGAUGCUUGUGGAAGAGGGUUUCGAGGUCGUCUCUGUGGAUGCCUCCGAUAAGAUGUUGAAAUACGCCCUUAAGGAACGCUGGGCCCGUCGCAAGGAAGCCGCCUUCGAUAGUUGGAUUAUUGAAGAGGCCAACUGGUUGACUCUGUACGACGAUAUCCAGGAACACGUUAAGGACGGUUUCGAUGCGGUCAUUUGCUUAGGCAACUCCUUUGCCCACUUGAUGGAUGGUUUUGGUGAUCAGCGGGAGCACAAACAGGCCAUCCGCAAUUUCGAAAAGUGCCUUAAGCCGGGAGGAGUCCUUCUUAUCGAUCAUCGCAACUACGACAACAUCCUGGAAACAGGAUCCACGCCUGCCAAGAGUAUUUACUACAAUACAAGUCACACGGCGGACAUCAAGACAUCCGUGCUCUUCUACUGCGGCAAGCCAUCUCUGGUCUCCAUGGACUACCUCAUCGCGGGCAACAAGCUGACCAGCGAGUUCCGCCUGUCCUACUAUCCCCACGAACUGAAGCGCUUCCGGGAAAUCCUCGGCGAGAUCUUCUCCCCGAAGGCCCAGCACAAGCUGUACGGGGACUUCAAGGAGAUGAGCCAGGUGAAGAACCCCGCCUUCUACAUCCACCUGAUCGAGAAACCGCAGGUUUAGUUUUUAAGCCAUUAGUUUGUAUUCACACAAAUCCACAAGACAAAUCCAUAUUAAAAUAUAGUUCCUUCUAUUCACACAA